CCUGCGCAGUAGUCACCGCGUGGGGAGCGGCUCUUUGGCGUGCGCGCGGCGGAGCGGGAGCGGGGCCGGUUGCGUCAUGAGCGGUUACAGCGUGGAGCAGCGCGGCGCCGCCAACAGCCUCGGCUACCGCCUCUUCUUCAAAAAUGAUAAAGGACAAUACAUUUCACCAUUCCAUGACAUUCCAAUAUAUGCAGAUGCUGGCAAGAAUUUGUUCAACAUGGUUGUGGAAGUACCUCGAUGGACAAAUGCAAAGAUGGAGAUUGCAACAAAGGAUACUUUAAACCCAAUUAAACAAGAUGUGAAGAAAGGGAAGCUGCGUUAUGUUGCUAACGUAUUUCCCUACAAGGGAUAUAUCUGGAACUAUGGUGCAAUCCCGCAGACAUGGGAAGAUCCAGGUCAUAAAGAUGAAAAUACUGGCUGUUGUGGAGAUAAUGAUCCAAUUGAUGUGUGUGAAAUUGGAAGUAAGGUAUGCUCAAGAGGAGAAGUAAUCAGUGUGAAAGUCCUGGGUACACUUGCACUGAUUGAUGAAGGGGAGACAGACUGGAAAAUAAUUGUGAUCAAUGUUGAAGAUCCUGAAGCAGCCAAGUAUAAUAAUAUUGAUGAUGUCAGAAGGAUGAAACCUGGAUACCUAGAAGCUACUAUAGACUGGUUUAGAAGGUACAAGGUACCUGAUGGAAAGCCAGAAAACCAGUUUGCAUUCAAUGAAGAAUUUAAAGACAAGGAUUUUGCAAUUAAGGUUAUCAAAAGCACUCAUGAAUACUGGAAAGCUCUAGUAACUAAAAAAACAGAUGGAGGAGAAAUCAACUGUACAAAUGCAACGGUGUCAGACAGUCCUUUCUGUUGUACCCAAGAAUGUGCAAAAGCUACUGUAGAAGCGACUUUUAAGCAAGGGAGGAAUCCUAGUCCUGAGGUUUCACUGAAACAUCCUAAAUCUGUGAAGUAACAUGCUAUCCAGGAACUUCUAUUGAAGUGGUGCUAAAGGUGGGUGCAUCUACACAUGCAUAUUAAUGUGCAGCAAUAAACUUUGGAGCAUAUUGCGUCAGAGUUCAUUGCUCCCGGGUGCUGUGUUUACACACGUGCCUGGGACCGCAGCAUGUUGAGCUGAGUCAGAGCAGCCCUGGUUGGCAGGGGGACCGGGAGGUUAUCCUGCCAACCUAGGGCUGCUCUGACCUGGUUCAGUGUGCUGCAGAGAGGCUGGCUGGGGCAUGAGGUUACUCCCGUGCAGGGCUAGCCACCAGGCAAUCCCUGUACUGAAGCACCUUUGUGACCCAGCUAGUCCCAUCAGCGUCUACAUGCGCAUUGCUGCAUAUGAAAAAACUCUGCCACAGGGUGGUACUUAUAUUUACAAGUACUAACCUGCUGUGGAAUUUAUUAGUUUCCUGUGGCCUAAUAGGGCCACAUGUAGAUGCUGAGACAUUUACUGCGGAGCUAAUUAUGCAACUAGUUAUGCAUCUUGCAUAAAUGUAUCCGGUGUGUAGGAACAACCUCGAGGGCAUGGGCAAAUGUACACUUAGAGUGGUUUUAAAGGGAGAUGGGGAGCUGGUGCUCUACAGCAUGCAGUGGAUUUUACACUGUAACGGUUACAGUGGCACAAAAUGGGAGUGAUAUAAAUGUAAGCUAAUCUGUUCCAACUUUAACCUUGCUUCAUACAGGAUUAAAGUUGAAGCAGUGUUCCUACAUUGGUAUCGCACCCUGUUCCUGCACCUGCAACUGUUACAAGGUACCAGCUGCUGUGCGGUCCCCUCCCAUUAUGAAACAGUUCCAAAUGUACCUUUUCCCUCUCUGGAUAAGGACAUCCUUCCAGCAGUUUGGAUUGGAAGCAUAAGACGUUAUAAAUGCAAACAAAGGUUUACAACAUUUCUAAAAACCAGAAGUUGUUGCAGCUGUGAAUUGCCUGGAAUAUUGUGAGAAAAUAAUUUUUUAUUGGAGUUGUCACCAGCUAGAAUACUUUUUUGUCUUGCUUCUAACUGAGUAAGUAGAAAACUCUUGUGAGUAUUGAGCCUUGAACCCAACACUCAUUUUAAGGGUCUAUUCCAAUGCACAGAGUUUUUUCUAAGCUACAGAAAGAAAACAGUGUACACAGUAGCAUGGUAAUGAUGCCUGUUGAGAACACAACUUGACCAAAGUAUAGGGGGAAAUGAAUCACUUUUUCACACAGCUAGGCCUUUGUCUUGCACAGGGCUAGCUCUGUUGCUUUAACUGGAAGUUGAAGUACAGACUACCAAAGGUUCACAGUGUUUAACAAAGUAAGAACAGAGGAGAAAAAAAACAAUAUUGGCUGGUGUGGAUCCCUUCACAGUUAAUGAACUUGGAUUUUAAAAUUUGUUUCAUAAAGUAAUUGCUUUUCUGUACUUAAACUACUGGUCUCAGAUCUUAGUGCAGUCUGAACCGUAAUACCUUCCAUAAGUGACACCCCUGAACACAGUUGUCA